CUGGCAGGGGGACAAGGACGAGGCGGCCAAGAGAUGGAAGGGCAGCCAGCCGCCAUGACUUCGGCGCUCGGCGGCGCGGGCUGUCCGAGCCCGGCGACUCCGCCGACCCUGGAGAAAAUCACCUUGGAAAACUCCCCGGAGCCGGACUCCUACACGGUACCGGGGAUUUUACACUUCAUCCAGCACGAGUGGUCACGGUUUGAGAUGGAAAAGGCGCGAUGGGAAGCGGAAAAAGCCGAACUGCAAGCACGUGUAGCCUUUUUACAAGGAGAGAGGAAAGGACAGGAGAAUCUUAAGAAGGAUCUGGUCCGGAGAAUUAAGAUGCUGGAAUAUGCCUUAAAGCAGGAAAGGACAAAAUAUCACAAGCUGAAGUAUGGAACGGAACCAGUUCAAGGUGACUCAAAGACAGAUACAGCUGAUUCUGUUAUAAAUAAUGGCCCCGAUACAUCAACUUUGGAACAGAAUAGUCCAUUGUCUUGGAAAGAAGGGCGGCAGCUGCUGAGGCAAUAUUUGCAAGAAGUGGGUUAUACAGACACUAUCUUGGAUGUGCGGACAAAACGGGUCCGAUCCAUGUUGGGCCAUUCCAGCCCAGAGCACAAUGGAGCAGCGGAGUCCAACAGCUUGGGACAGAUCCUAAAUGGAGGAGAUUCACCCUUAGUUAAGCAAAUAGAGGAACAGAUCAAGAGAAAUGCAGGCAGUGAAUCUCGAGAUGGCCUACGAAAAUCAGUACUGGAGAAGAUGCCUUUCCUCCAGAAUGUGGAUGACGAUAGUGAUGAGGAUGAUGAUGAAUUAGAUAGCGUUCAUUCUGAACUCUCAGUCACACAGAGACUAAGCAAGAAACAAAGGAUAGGCACCGAGAUGACAGCUGCUGAUCCUGCCAUGGACUGCGAAACAGUGGAUGCUUUGAGUGAAUUUCACUUCCUAGAGACUGGAGAGGAAGAGGAAAGGGGUGAAGAUUCCAGAAGUUUGAGGGACGACAAAGAGCUCGGAAAUCACCGCUCUAAGCUUCAAGAUGUACUGACUAAUUUUACAGACAUUGACGGUUUGCCUUCCAUUCCAGCUGGGAUGAUUGGUCAACCUAAGGCAAGCGAAGGUGUUACUCUUGCAUUUCCUCCACAUGCUAACAAGCCAUUUAUGCUGGGGGCGGAUAAUCCUGGAGAUGGCGAUAUGAGCCUUGGUGAGCUGGCAGACCUGACUGUCACUAAUGACAAUGAUAUUUCUGAUUGCAAGGAUACCUUCAGGAAAACCUGGAAUCCGAAGUAUACGUUGCGGAGUCAUUUUGAUGGGAUCCGUGCAUUGGCGUUUCACCCAGUGGAGCCUGUGCUCAUUACUGCUUCAGAGGAUCGUACUCUGAAGCUAUGGAACCUGCAGAAAACAGUUCCUGCCAAAAAGAGUACUGCGUUGGAUGUGGAACCAAUCUAUACGUUCAGGGGGCACAUAGACCCAGUUUUAUCAUUGGCAGUUAGUUCUAAAGGGGACCAGUGCUUCAGUGGAGGACUUGAUGGCACAAUUUGCUGCUGGAAUAUUCCAAGCUUGAAUACUGAUCCAUACGAUACUUAUGAUGAGAGUAUUCUGUCCAGAACACUAAAUGGUCACACAGAUACAGUUUGGGGACUCGCAUUUAGUAUCCCAAAGAACCGCCUCAUUUCUUGUUCAGCAGAUGGAACUGUUAGGUUGUGGGAUGCAACUGCGAAUCCAGCGUGUGUUAGUACAUACAACAGAGAUAAGGAAAAUGGGAUUCCUACCUCUGUUGCCUUUGUGAGCGAUCCUGAUCAUGCUGUAGCUUCCUUCACGAACGGUGACGUGAUCAUAUAUGACCUGCAGGCAUUACAACCAGUAAUGACCCUGGAUUCUAAAACAUCUGACACUGCUGCUAAUCAGAUUAACCGUGUUGUCAGCCACCCCAAGUUACCAGUCACUAUUACUGCACAUGACGACAGAUGUAUUCGGUUCUUUGAUAACAAGACGGGAAAAAUGAUCCAUUCAAUGGUUGCCCACUUGGACGCAGUUACCUCUCUUGCUGUUGAUCCUAAUGGAGUUUUCCUGAUGUCCGGGAGUCAUGACUGUUCAAUACGGCUCUGGAACCUGGACAACAAGACCUGCGUUCAGGAGAUUACAGCGCACCGGAAGAAGUAUGAUGAGGCAAUCCAUGAUGUCACCUUUCACCCGAGCAAAGCCUACAUUGCCAGUGCAGGAGCAGACGCCCUCGCCAAAGUAUUUGUAUGACACAAUAUCACCUCUCGGCUCUCAUUCCUGUGAGCAGACUGGUAUCUGCUCUUCUGUAAGGGUUGAUCCCACAUUACUCCCAGAACGGUUGCCUUUGAAUCAGUGAAUGAAGAUAACUUGCCCUCCAGCCAUGAAGUUCAGGACCCUGGGUUUGCAGUCCUGGGUUGCUCUCCCUCCACAUCUUUCGUAGCAAAGCUCUAUCAGGGACUUGACUUCACGGAACUCUACACAAUAUGUAUAUGUUUUAAACUUUAAAAGAAAAUGGAUUUGGUAAAUUUUGUAUAGGUACCCGAUCAUGGGCUGUGUGGAACAAGUAAAAGAAGUAGCAGAGUGUAGGUCAAACCGUAUAAGGGUGCGCCAGCAAUUUUUGUGCUGGCAUAAGUUAUUUUUUAAUGUUGGACUACUUUUUUAAUGCAGCCUGUCACCGGUGUGAUUAGUUUUCUUUCCCUGGCCAUCUUGUACCAAUUUAGCAUUGACUUGGUGGAAUAUAACAGCAGGCACGUGUCACAGGGAUACAGGUUCAUCACUCUUUUUGUCCUAUCCCUUCCCCACUAGUACAGCACUGGGGAGUAUUAUGAGGAGACAUACACAAAGGUGGACCAAGGAUCUCCAACUUGGGCUCAAAAGAAUACGAAUGUAAUAACACAUAAUUAGGGGUGGCUUGUAAGUUGCCUCUCAUAUUUCAUAAUCUGAGGAUCACAUAGCCUGACGGUGUUGAAUGUACUCUAUUAACAAAGGGUAGCUUUUCUAAACAAAUGCACCCGUUUGUCAUCCUCUGGGCAAUUUAGUUUAAAGCAAUUUUCAGAUAACCAUUUUCCAUGGCCUUCACCAGCUCUAAAAGGUCAUUUUCUCGAGUGCUUCCUUUUGAGGCUGGAAAACCCAAGCUUUUCCAAUGUUUCUUCAUUAUUGUGACUUUUGAUAGGAGGGGACAGCCUGAUUGCCCCUCUCCAAUCAUUACUUGGAUCUGAUGAGCACUCAACAAUACAGUUUAACUGUGACUUUUAAUCUUUCACACUUUCAUUGACUACUGAUUUGCAGUGAUUGGACAUGUUGAGAUCAGAUAACUGAGCACAGGCAGGGAAUUGAACCUGGGAUCUUCCUGUCUUAUAUGCCCAGGUGGAAUAUUUUAUGGCAUCAGGGUAAACACUGUUGUGAACUGGGUAGGGAGUGUCACAAAAAUGCCUUUAGUGAAAUUGCGCUGGUAUAGUUUGGGAGUUUUUGUUUUAGUUUAAAAGAAAGGGUCUGGAAAGGGUGAUCAGGAGCAUACUGCACAAAUUCUACCCCUUUAGUGUUUUUCAUUCUGUGGGAAAAGAAUUGCUAGAACUAAAAUAGUUAAUGAAGGGAAUGGUUUUUGGAGAGAUCUGCAGUUGCAGAUCCCGGUGAACUAAUCUUUUGCCACUCCUUGAGAACUCAGCAUAUUAUACCAUUGUUCCCAUCCUGUUAUUCAGUAAUACAUAGUGAGGACUGCUGCAGUGACUUUGAGAGUAUUAAGAUGGAAGUAAUGCAAAACACUGGGCAUUCUCCCAAAAUGUUGAUGCAAUGCAUUGGGUAAUUAUCUCUGUCAAAAUAUAUUUGCUCUCUCCUUGGGUUUGUGAGUUUGCCACUUUUGCUAAAUAUGAUGGUUUAAAGCAAAGUAUUUCUAAUCAUAACAACGACAACUGCCCUUCUGGCUAAGCUGGUUGGCAAAUUCAAUGCAUGAAAUGAUGCUGGGCCACUCUCAAGAACUUGAAAAGCAAAAGAAAAAAACUGGGCUCUCCAUCUUGCUGUAUCCAGGAUUCGCACACAAUUCUUUCAUCAUGGGAUUCAUUGACCCACAGAGACACCACUCUCCCAAAUCCCAUCCAUCAACUGCUGAUACCAUAGUGAAGGAAGAAAUGAAGCAGUGUGCUAAUAUUUCUAAGAUAACAAGGUAUAGAGCUGGAUGAACACAGCAGGCCAAGCAGCAUCAGAGGAGCAGGAAGGCUGACAUUUCGGGCCUAGACCCUUCUUCAGAAAGUCAUAUUUCUAUAUUGCUCCCCUGCCUAACAGAAUCACAUCUGCUCCUUUGAAACGUAUCAGUUGACUGCAAAUAGACUGGCUUUUCUAGAAAUCUGUUUCCUGAGGCCAGAGAAUCCCAGAGUUAGGCUCUGUUUUGUGCUAAGUGGUUGUUCUCAGAUGAGACAACACAAUUAGACCCCAACCCCCUCCCCCGAGCUAUGGAAGGGAACACUAGUAUCAUAUGCUGUCCUGAUCACUGUAACUUGGUCUUGAGGCUGCUUGAGUGAGUUCAGGAUUGGUAUUAAUUCAUUAAUCGGUAUUAAAUGCUGUUCCAUAGUGAAAUAACCUGUUAACACUCACUAUCCAGACUUACCCUUGGGGGAAGUGCUGGUCAGCUGCUAGUGAAACUCAUACCUCAACGUGCGAGUAUCGCCUUCAGCAGAGGAGGAAAAAGGGAAGAUAAUUUUUUUUUCUUUGAACUGCACUGGGUAAACAAUGGUAAUGACCCAUCUUCUUAGGAAUCAGGUGUCAAUUAUUUACCAGGAGACCCAGGCUACAGUAAACUUAUAAUUCUGCAACGAACUUUCAGAUUACAGAAUGGUAAUCCAUUUAAUUAGUCAGUACAAAGUUGUUUUUUUCUAAAUGAAACUAUAGCCAAUAAUGUUUCAAAGUGAAUACAAUAUGGCAUGUAAAUACACGGAGGCCAGUAGCACUAAGAGGCAUCCUGUUAUAGCUAUUUUAAAUGUUGCUUGCUUUCUACAACAUUACUGGUAUAGUUUUUUUGCAUCUGGCAGCGAUCAUUACUAUUUAAAACAAAAUAUUUUUUGGGCUCCCUCAACAUCUCGGUGAGUCACAAUGCCAUACAGAUUAGGCAUGUCCUCUGUUCAAUCCCAGUAAGUAGAGAGUUGGAUGGUUCUCGGCUGGGACAGGAACUGGCAUGUGCAGAUGAGCUUGGCAGUAGACACAUUAAAAGCUGUCAGACAAAAUUCCUGCUACUUAUUGCUAUCUAGUUGGGGAGGGUUGGAGUCACUGGAAAGUUAUGACAUUGGAUGGAUGUAGAUCAGAUGUGAAUGUGAUGCCUACCAUGUUUGAUCAGCACACCAGUGCUUACUCUUCACUUGUUAAGUUGGUAACCAAGCAGUUCUUUUGAUUAAAAUAUAUUUUGUUUCUUCAAGAUACCUUCUCUGCUAGCUCAGCAAUGGCUUUUAAAAUGGAAGGGCCUUCACUCCCUCCUGUGGUUCAAGUGGUGAAGUGCAGCUGUGCGGUUUGGUGAACCAUAUAGAUCAGAAAUGACUUGGGUUUGGUAAACUCAAGGUUUCUACAAAUGAGAGAUGGGGAAAUUCGGACAACUUUCCUGUUUGCGAACGUGUACUGGAAAGAACACUCAUAUAGUCUUCAGGUGAAGAUACUGUCUGUAAUGUGCACCUCUCCCUUUGCAUACACAUCACAAUCAAAUACACUUUGAAUGUCAGAAAAACAGAAUGGUUUUCUAUAAUCACAUGAUAGUAUCUUUCAAGAAGAAAACAGAGGAUAGUGAGUACUGGCAAGCUGUGAAGAAUUAGACUAGUUUUAUUCAAUUGCAAACUAAGCAUAAUAUCUAAGUUAUUAUGUAAAUGUGAACAAAAUGCCUCAAGGUGAUAUUGACCUUUGUUUAUUUCAGAACUAACGUUUUCUUCAUGUGGCAUUUAACAAAUAUAACCGAGCAAACAUAGCAAUCUAGGAAGCGAAAAUCUACAUAACAAAUACAAUUCAAAUGAAGACUUUGACAUUGAUUUUAUAUAUAUAUAUAUUUUCAGUUCAUUUAUAUUGUAAGUGGUAUAAAAACUGUUCUAUGGCAUUCAGAAUGACAUUCUAUUCCGUGGGACCUGUCCAAGGCUUUUGUGUUCAUGAGCUAUAGAGGUGUGGCUCUUGGAAUCAUAGAUCCAUUUGGAAAGUUUAAACUCCUUUUCCCACCUUUCUGAAGCUGCUGAAGUUGGCAGCCUAAUGUUCUGAUUUCGGUUUCGUCCCUCAGUGAAGAAACAGCUCCAUGAAUGGACUUUCUCCAAUUCUCUGGACUCUCAAAACUAUGAUUGUGGCAAAUGUGAAAUGUGGGUACAAAUAAGGUUGGAUUGUCUGGUCCCAUGGAUCGUGCUUUGGACAUCCCUGCUGUAUAGGAUGCACUUCCCAGUCAGAGACCUUCUGACUUAAGCCCCUUUGCUCUUCGGAUUCUUACAGCUGUCAUUAAACUCCUGUCGACAAGAUUCCUGAAUGUACACUCGCUGGCAGUUUCCACAAAUGUUUAAUAGCAGGCAAGCAUGCUGGCCCUGGGAGCAAAAUGCUACUUGGCACAAUCUUGAGAGCAGGGUCUUCACACAGAAGUGUAUUUGUAAGGAUCAACUGCAAAGGGUUACUUUGAAUUUUGGGAAGAAAGAUCAUUUGGACGUUUGGCACUAUCAGUUGGGUCUUGCAGAAUUCAUUUAACAUUGUAAGCAGCCAGGAUCAUUUGACACCAGAAUCUUUGGUGACAGGAAUUUAGUGCUUGCAAGCAGGAAAUUCAAGAUGGCAUUGGGAUUUUGUCAAGGGAAUGAAACAUUGAUCACUUAAAUCCAGUUUAAGUGGAUUUCAGUUUAUAUGUUUUAAUCCUGAAUGUUUAAGUUUACUUCUUUGAGGCCUUGUCAUCAGUUUCCUUCUUGAUGUUAUGUUAGAUAGGCCCCAGUGUGAUAAUGAAACAGAGCACAGUCAAAGAAAACUACAAAUAAUUAUUCGAAGAUGGAACAAAGAGAUUUGAUUGGUAACUAUCUUGAAGACUUUUUCAGAAUUUGUUGCCCCUAUUAAAAAAGCAGAAACCAUUAGCGUUCUUCAGAAUGUACCUGAUAGGCAAUGUGUUCUCAAAGUUCGGACUAGUCGUUUUAUUUUUUGUCUUGGGUGAGGGAAAAGAGAUCCUAGAGGCACGCUAGCAUUUUGGAAUCUAAAUGUCCUACAUUCUUGUUUUUGAAAGAUCUUUUUGAUCUUACAGCAACACCACCAAAAGAUAUAUGUGCCAUUUCUCAAAACUCACCUCUUGAUAAUUUUUUAAAAAGUUCUCUUUUUAAAGUCAUUAUCAUCGUUGUACUUGGUUCUUCAGUGUUUUUUUGCCAGGCUUCAAGGCAGAAAUUUGCAGGACUAGCCCUACUAAUCUCCCCUCUCUGAAUUUCUCUUUUUGUAAAAUACACAGCCUCCACCAAACUGAGCAAUUAGCCAAUUUUUGAGAAUCAGCCUCAUGUGCUCAGUUUACUGCGUUUAUAAUGUUCUAACGUACUGUCAACAAUGGAACACUUGGCUGCAGUUAGCUAUUUAGAGUCAUUGAGGCAUUCAGCACAGAUAAAGGCCCUUCGUGUCUGUGCUGAUUAGAAACAAACACCUAACUGUUCUAACCCCAUUCUCCAGCACUUGGCCCAUAGCCUUGUAUGUCUUCACAUUGCAAGUGUACAUCUAAAUACUACUUAAACGUUCCAAGGGUUUCUGCCUCUACCAGCCUUAGAGUCGGUGAGUUCCAGAUUCCCACCACCCUCUGGGUGAAAAAAAUUUCCUCUGUGUGUCUCUAAACCUCCUUCCUCUUACCUUAAAUCUGUGCCCCCAGUCAUUGAUCCCUCCACAUCUAUACUAUCUAUGCCCGUAAUGGUUGUAUACAUCUCAAUCAUGUCCCCUCUCCACCUUCAGUUUACAGCAUAAAGAAACUUUAAAGCUGCCUUUGUUGCUAAGAAAGUUCAUGCUGCUGUCCUGAACAUCUGAUUAAAAAUGAAUUAAUCUGUAUACCUUGCAUUCUUUUUUUUUAUGUAAAUGGCGGGCAACCUGAACAUGAUGCAAAAGAUUUUGUCCAAGGGUUGUUAUCAGUUGUUAGCUGUCCAUUGUGCUGCUGUCAAAAACUUGCUGAUGCACAUAACUUCUUCUUGAAGUCCUUUUUUUGUACAGACCCCCACAUUUUAGACCUGGUUGAAAGUGGUUAGUGGCAGCUCAGUCGAAUUCUUUCCCAGUGUUUAACUGUCAAAUAUGAAAUCUUGCAAAAUGAUAGUUAUUACAUAAUUCCACCUAUUGUUAUUUUCCACCUGCUAUUUCUUUUCUAAGUUGGGAGGUGUUUGGUUCUUAAGACGAUUACUUGCUUUGACCAAGGUAGGGCUUUUUUAGUUAGUUGGAGCAAUUAAACCCUUUCCCACUCAAAAAAAGUCUGAAAUUUCGACUCCCAGCACCAGUAAACUUCCUUACCAAGUUUAAUGCUUAGAGAAUCCUUUGCUGUAAUGCUUACAGGUUGGUUAUAUACAUUGUUUGCAUGAAUUGUUAUCUCCUAGGUCUCAAUUUGGUAGCUGGCUGGCUUUUUAACAAUUUCUCGCCAAAUGAUUCUGCCCCUUCCCACUAGUCCCCAUAAAACUCAAUAUUACUAGAGCCUUACAUCGCUGCCAACAAUAGCAAACUAAUUCUGAAAAAUUCUGGUUUGAAACAAUGCUGUAUGCAAUUUUAAAAACAGAAACACAAAUCAAUACAGGACUUGGAAAAUGUGAGACUGGGGUCUUGUUUGCAGGUGCUGAGUGUGUGACAGGGUUAAACUCACAAUUCCUUUUAUUAAAGAAAAGUACUUUUUCUUCCUCUACAAAUAUAUUGCAAAGGAACUGUAUAUUGUGUAAAAUUUUAAAUGUGAUAUUUUGUACAUCUCACUAUCUCAAAUAGUUGUGUAUUUAUCAAAGACUACUGUAACUCUUUUUUAUGGCACUUGUUUUCCAUGUCUAUUUAUUUUACUUUUGUCUUAAUUAAUCAGUGAUGUUCUGUAUGUGAAAGGUCUGAAAAUAAAGUGUUUGUUUUCUACAGA